GGGACCGCCGCACCAUGAAGGGCAACGGCAGCGCCCUGCUCAACGCCUCGCAGCAGGCGCCGGGAGGCGAGUUUGGCGCGCGGUCGCGCCCCUCGUGGCUGACCUCCACCCUUGCCUCCAUCCUCAUCUUCACCAUUGUGGUGGACAUUCUGGGCAACCUCCUGGUCAUCCUGUCCGUGUUUCGGAACAAGAAGCUCAGGAACGCAGGAAACAUCUUUGUGGUGAGCCUGGCAGUGGCAGACCUCCUGGUGGCUGUGUAUCCGUACCCAUUGGUGCUGAUGUCCAUCUUUAACAACGGGUGGCACCUGGGGUCUCUGCACUGCCAAGUCAGCGGCUUUCUGAUGGGCCUGAGCGUCAUCGGCUCUGUAUUCAACAUCACUGGCAUUGCCAUCAACCGCUACUGCUACAUCUGCCACAGUCUCAGGUACGACAGUCUGUGCAGCACCAAGCGCUCCCUGUGCUGUGCGCUGCUCAUAUGGCUGCUGACCGUGGUGGCCGUCGUGCCCAACCUGAGGACCGGGACACUCCAGUAUGACCCCAGGAUCUAUUCCUGCACGUUCGCGCAGUCCGUCAGUUCUGCAUACACCAUCGCGGUGGUGGUUUUCCACUUUAUCGUCCCCAUGGUCAUCGUCACCUUCUGUUACCUGAGAAUAUGGGUCCUGGUUCUUCAGGUCCGAUGGAGGGUGAAGCCAGACAGCAAACCCAGGCUGAGACCACAGGACUUCAGGAACUUCAUCACCAUGUUUGUGGUUUUUGUCCUUUUUGCCAUCUGCUGGGCUCCUCUAAACUUCAUUGGUCUGGCUGUGGCCUCUGACCCAGCCACCAUGGUCCCCAGGAUCCCAGAGUGGCUGUUUGUGGCUAGUUACUACAUGGCAUAUUUCAACAGCUGCCUCAAUGCCAUUAUAUACGGACUGCUGAACCAAAAUUUCAGAAGGGAAUACAGGAGAAUUAUAGUCUCACUGUGCACAGCCAGAAUGUUCUUUGUGGAUAGCUCCAAUGACAUAGCAGACAGGAUUAAAUGCAAACCAUCUCCAUUAAUGGUCAACAAUAAUCUAAUAAAGGUGGACUCCGUUUAAGAAAG